AUGGCCGACAACAACAACCCUGGAAACUUUGCCAACCGCCCCAAGGAGGAGGUUCAGGAAAUUGCGUCCAAGGGAGGCCAGGCCAGUCACAAGGGUGGCUUCGCCAGCAUGGACGCCGAUAAGCAGCUAACGCCACGUCAGCGUGAGAUUGCCUCUGAGGGUGGCAAGGCGUCAUCGGGCUCUUUCGAGAAGGGCAGCGAGAAGGCCAAGGAGGCCGGUCGCAAGGGUGGCCUGUCUAGCUAG